GGAGAAGACAGAGUGGAUUCAUGUCGGCGACGUUGCUCUCUCUCCCACAGAUUUCGUUCGAGUUCACUCGUGGAACAUAACGUGAGCCGAGUGGACCAAUGUACGUCACCUAUCGGCGGCGGUUCGGUCUCUCUUCCAAGAUGCAUGAACAGGAUUCACCAGCCGGCACCCAGGAAGCACAUGAAGACAUACAGUCUUCCUCGAGUGAGCGAAUCUCUGAGCAAGAGUUCUCCUGCCACUGUUGCUUUGACGUCCUGGUGAACCCCACCACCUUGACCUGCGGCCACAACUACUGCCGCCACUGUCUGGCCCUGUGGUGGGAGUCCUCUCGAAAGAACGAGUGUCCAGAGUGCCGCCAGAGGUGGGAGGGCUUUCCCAAAGUCAACAUACAGCUGAGUGAGGCAACUGACAAGUUGUUCAGCGAGGUUGUACAGCGGAGGCGAGUAGAGAUCCAAGAUAACCCCAAAAUCUCCCGAAUUACACUGGCUUUUGAGAGGUAUGGCGACAAUCUGGGCAAGUCAAGGACCAAGCAGCACAAAGCAGCAGGAUUUUUAUUUUUCUUCUCUGGAGUCUUUGCUACCCUCUUGUGUGGUGCGGUGUCAUUGCUGUUGUAUCAGGGGAGCAGCAGCCACGAGGUGGAGCAAGAGGACCUGUUAGUCGGUCAUCCCGCUUUGCAAUGGACGCCAGACCAAAUGAUUUUCUGGCUGACGCACUUGGGACCUGAACUGUCCAGCAAGUCUUUUCAGCCAGGCAGUAUCAAUGGCAGAUUACUGAGGACACUGGAGGAGAAGGAGCUGUGGAAUCCACCUUACGACAUCCAGAAUCAGGCUUACCGAAACGCCAUUCUGGCUGAACUCUACAGACUUCAAGCCCUUGAUCUCAGACCUCAGAACCUGUGGGAAUACAAGGCGGCCCAUUCAGGGAAGUCUCUGUUCCUGCUUUACGCCAUGAAGCGCUCCCCUCGCCUAACGCUCUUCUAUUUGUACUUAUUUGACUAUUCGGAAACCUUCCUGCCCUUCCUCCACACCUGCUGCCCACCCAUCGCGCUCGCCAGUCCAACGGUGGAGAGCCGGCCCUUUGACUCACAGACGGAACCCAGCUGGCAACAGUGGAGUGAGUUCAUGGUCAAGUACUUCCUGCUCCCGUACCAGCUGAUAGCGGAAUUUGCCUGGGACUGGCUUGCCGUCCACUACUGGACGUCUUGCAUCGUCAUCGUCCAUGCCGUGCUCCUGUCAAUGCUGGAGUGCUGCUCUCUGUGGAGACUCUGGACCACGGCUAGAAUCAGGGCCCUCCCUGGUAUGAUGUGGAACCACGUGUGGUCGAUGUUAUAUCAGGGACUCGCCUUCGGCCUCAUGUGGCCUCUGGUCCCACAGCUGGUCUGCAACGCCCUCUUCUACUGGGCCCUCUACAUCAGCCCCCUCAUGAACGUAGACCUGUUGGUGCAACAACUCCGGCACCCACAAACGGCGGCGCAUUAAUGUAGCCUGCGAGCCGCUAAAUGCAAUGAAACAAAUGUCUGCUGGAUGAGCCGUCAUUUGCUCCGCUGUCAAUGUCCUUGCAGCUGGUUCAUUUGCUGCAUGAAGUUCUAUUUUGUCCUGACGUCUCUCUGCUGGAGUGGAACAAGAGGGGGACAUAGAACAAUGAUGGCAGUGCUGCGCUUUCGCAAACCAUGUUGCCGCAAUGAGCCUGAGAGCGCUCGUUUGUCUGUUCCACAUGUUAAUGGUUGUCGAGCUCAGCCUCAGUGUGUUUUUGUUAAAGUUGAGGAACUGUUUAGAUAUGUUAUUUUUUAAAUUUUUAUUUUAAUUUUUUUAACACAUUCAACGUACCUAAUUUACCUGUGUAAUAAUAAUUACAGCGUAUUAAAUGUUUCUUGAAACUUGUGAAGAACAAAUGUUUUCACACGUCACUCCAACAAGAAUGCCAAUCUAAGGAAGAAUGUUCCAGAAUAGAUUUGCUUUUAUUGCUAAUAAAUGAAGCAUACUUUUUUUUUUUUUUUAUAAAUCCAGAAGAAUGUGUAUACCUGCUUUCACUAAAGCUUUUUUGAAAGACAACUUGAUUAUGUUCAUUUGCACUUAAUGUUCAACACUGUGAUUUUUACCUGCAGCUUUUUCAUGUUCAUUGAAAAUAAAUAUUUACUUUUGGAGUUGUUUACACUAUAUAUAUAUAUAUAUAUAUAUAUAUAUAUAUAUGUUUUUUUUUUGUUUUUGUUUUUUUUACUGGGGUCGUGUAUGGAAGAAAUUCAUGGAGGACCAGUGUUGGAUAACGGGAGGAGGAGACGACCAAAUUUGAAAAAUGACAAUUUUUUUUUUAAAUAUCCUCCUUUUGUAAUAUUCGUCACAGAUUCUUCAAUUGAUUUGCUUUUGUAAUAAAUAUAAAUUGUGAAAAGA